ACAAGUAUUUACUCACGCGCGAAACAUUCCACAUCAUGCAACUCAUUAGCACCGCCAUCGAAAUUGCAGCAACACCAGAAGUCGUGCGACAAAAGUUUCUGGACUUCCCCUCCUGGCCUAAAUUCCAGCGAGAAAACGGCUGGUUCCUAUCAAUCGCCCCCACCGACACCGCCAAAGCGCCCCAAGACCUCCAAGAAAAAGACACCCUAGACGUCAACAUUCAGCUCGGGAAAAUGCAACCCACAUUACUGGAAAACACACCAAAUGUCUUCCGGUGGAUUGGCAACGGACUAAUGGGUACCUUCAACGGCGCUCACGCAUUCCGCUUCCAUCCUUCCUCAACAACGCCCGGUGCGACUACACUGGUGCACGAAGAAGAGUUUACAGGGGCGCUGACGUGGAUGGUUGGAGAGGGAGUUGUUGCGAAGAGUCUGGGGAUGAGGGAGAAGACUAGGAAGGGGUUUGAGGGGUUCAAUGAGGAUUUAAAGAAGUGGUGUGAACAGUGAACGGGAUGGGAUACUGGAAAGAGUGGGGUACCAGCUUUUUGAUUUGUGGUUUUUGGGUUGUUCGUUUUCAUACAAGGUUCCAUGCAUGUCGCGUAUCGCGAGCGGGUUUUUGGCUUAUCUUUGGGUAGGGGUGGGUGCGUGGCUAUCUCUGCUAAGCUUUCU